GCUUGCUGGCCUGGUCUCCAGGACUUGUCCCAGCAGUCCCUCGGACUGAGAAUUACACCAUCAGCUCUACUGGCUCUUCAGACUUGGACUGUGCCACACUGCCAGGCUCCUAGGGUUCUGGUUUGCAGACGGCCUGUUGUGGGACAGUCUCCCUAAUUGUAGGGAAAGCAACCAUGGAAGACCUAGGGGAAAACACCACGGUUUUAUCCACCCUGAGAUCUUUGAACAACUUCAUCUCUCAGUGUGUGGGGGGAGGAUCUGGACUGGAUAUUCCCACCUCGGCCCCAGGUUCUCUGCAGAUGCAGUACCAGCAGAGCAUGCAGUUGGAGGAAAGAGCAGAGCAGAUCCGUUCCAAGUCCCACCUCAUCCAGAUAGAGUGGGAGAAGAUGCAGAUGGAGCUGAGUCACAAGAGGGCUCGAGUGGAGCUGGAGAGAGUGGCCAGCACCAGUGCCAGGAACUACGAGCGUGAAGUUGACCGCAACCAGGAGCUCCUGACGCGCAUCCGGCAGCUUCAGGAGCGUGAGGCCGGGGCGGAGGAGAAGAUGCAGGAGCAGCUGGAGCGCAGCAGGCAGUGUCAGCAGAGCCUGGACGCUACCAGCAAGAGGCUGCGUGAGAAAGAGGACAGCCUGGCCCAGGCCGGCGAGACCAUCAACACACUGAAGGGGAGGAUCUCGGAACUGCAGUGGAACGUGAUGGAUCAGGAGAUGCAGGUGAAACACCUGGAGUCGGAGAAGCAGGAACUGCAGGAGCAGCUGGACCUGCAGUACAAAAAAUGGCAGGAAGCCAGUCAGAAAAUCCAGGAACUCCAGGCCAGCCAAGAAGCGAGAGCAGACCAAGAGCAGCAGAUUAAGGAUCUGGAGCAGAAGCUGUCCCUACAAGAGCAGGAUGCUGCGAUUGUGAAGAACAUGAAGUCUGAGCUGGUGCGACUCCCUAGGCUGGAACGGGAGCUGAAGCAGCUGCGGGAGGAGAGUGCACGCCUGCGGGAGAUGAGAGAGACCAAUGGGCUGCUCCAGGAGGAACUGGAAGGGCUGCAGAGGAAGCUGGGGCGCCAGGAGAAGAUGCAGGAGGCGCUGGUUGGCUUGGAGCUGGAGAACGAGAGGCUGCUGGCCAAGCUGCAAAGCUGGGAGAGACUGGACCAGAUCACGGGCUUGAAUGUCAGGUAGGGAGGGGGCAGGUGCCUCGGGGUCCCACCUUCUCUGAAGGGUCACUGGGGAAGAGCAGAGUCUGCCUCCUGCUCACGGGCACUGUCUCUAAA